AAGGCAGCAGGAAAGGCGCGCUGCUGAAAAUGGCAAACAUAACAUCUUUUCAAUUAUUUCCCUCACCCGACUCUAAACUCCAAUUAUUACCUUCUUAGACUCUACCCAGCCCCCUAACUUACCAUUCACACCCCCGAUAAAUAAAAGGAAAAUGUACGAUAAUAGAGAAAUAAGGGAUUGAAAUAGCGUGAGGGCCCCGAGGAAGAAGGACGCGAGGCUGGACGGCCCCCUCAAAGUGACAACAAGAAUGAGAGUGAUUAGACAGUCGGCCGAUUUGAGGCGUUUUUAUAUCUCCCUACACGUCGGUGCUUAGUGAUUAUACUUCCUAAGGAUCAUGGAGGACACUAAGCCCGCGUUAGUGCAGGAAAAUGAGCUGUGAUGAAGGUUUAAAGGGCGAAAUAAGACGAGAAGUGCGCGAGGCGAAUGACCGGAGUGCGGGAGAGGCGGAGACCUGCUUGCAAUAACUGCCUCAUUUUGGGCCGUCUAGCCGCCCCUUCCCUCACCAUGUAGACUCGAAAGUGACUCAGAAGAUGGUCAAGAGGAAACGGACUCUCAGCAUCAAGGAAAAUAGCGAGAGUGUCAGCCAAGGAAGCGAUGGAGAUCUUGGGGGUGAGGAGGCCAAGCGCUUGAAGGCCCAUGGCAGUGUGGUAAAUGUUGAGGGGUCGGUGGGGGCUCCCGAGGCCGCCCCCACCCACCAGAACCAUGCAGCCCCCAACGAGCCUCUCAGCCCCUCGGCCCACAGAACUUCCAAUUCUUCAGUUCCUUCAGCAAACUCGCAACCAGUGUCCAAUGUGCCUUCCUCUGCUGCCGCUCCUCCACCCGCUGCCCUGCGCCCCACACUGCAGCUCCGCACCAGUGCCCGUGUGCUCAACAAGCAGCGGCGGGAGGAGACCAAAGCUGAUCAACCACCACCACCGCAGCCCCUCAAUGCCAAGAAGCCUGAUCCGGGAGCUCUGGAUGGGGAGUUUGGAGAGGAGGAGGAUGGGAAGAAGCGUCGGAGAGCCUGGGAACUCUGGUCUCUUGAAGAUAAAAACAUCUUCUUUGAGUCUAUCAAUGAGUGUGGCAAGGAUUUUGAGGCCAUCCAGAACUACCUGACGGCCAAACUGCGUAAAAAGGGGGCGCCACGCAGCCAGGUGAAGAACAAGGACCAAGUGCGCCACUUUUACUAUCGCACCUGGCACAAGAUUUCCAAGCACAUCACUUUUAAUGAAGGGGUUAAGAAAGCCACGCAGGAGUUGUACGGCCUCAUAAACUUUGGUGAGCUGCGGAAGAAGGUUGGUGGAACACUGGAUGAGCGGAAGGCACAGAAGCUGCAGGAGUUGAUCAGGAAAGGAUCGACCAGCGUGCGAGUGAAGGGGAAGAGCGUGCGUGUCCGAACCCCAAUUUGUCGUGCCCUGAAGAAGCUCAACCAGAUAGAAGAGCAUCGGGAACAGGCUGAGUUGCGACUCCCAGCCAGCGUCAUGGUGGAGGUGGUGCCGGCCAGCAUGCAGGCGUGGUGUCGCGUGCAAGCACUGGCUCACAACCCUCGCAUCCGCUUCACCACCUCCCUGCGCCGGCCCCUCGCCUUGCUCAUCUCACACCUCCAGGAGAAAUGGCGGAACUCUAAUCUCAAGCUGCGUGACACUCUCUGCUCUCAUGUCACUUUCCCGCUGAAGAUGGAGGCUGUGCCUGAGCCGGUGCUGAGACUCAUGCCGGUGAAGGGAGCCACUAUCAAGCCCAUCUCUGUCCAGCCAGAAGUGAUGUUGAAGAGUUCCUCUCUGUCACUGUCAAGCCACGAGGCAAGACUGAGGCGGCGAGGUGAGAAGGUGGGGAGGGGAGGCCGCCGGAAGGACACCAAACACCAGCAGGAGAAGGAGGCAGAGGACAAGGCACUGCGGGACACUGAAGGGCAUGGGGGUGAGGCCAAAGGUGCUACUGGGCCCGGGGAGAGAAAGGGACGCGGUGAAGUGGAGGCUGUGGAGCUGGAGGACCUGGGCGAAGUGUCUCAAGAGGAGCAUGAUGAUUGCAGUGAUGGGGAGGCCUGCUGCCCUAACUCCCCUGAUGAUGAUGUGGUGAGGGUCUCUCCUGACAAGGCUACCACCACCACCACCACCAUCACCCUCUCUCAGAUCAAGGAGGAACCACCAGACACUGACUUCCCCAGCUCCCCAAAAGAAGAAUUUGACCCAAACUUGCAGGUGAAGGAGGAAAGUGAGAGUGAGUCUGGAGACACCCUGAGGCAGCUGUUAGCCCUAGAAACAGUGGCAGGGGCAGGGGCAUUUGACGGAGAUGCGGAUGUGGUGUGUACCGGCGAGAGUACCCGACUCACUGCUCAUGUGGGUGUUGAUCCACAUCCAAGACUUACUCAUCCAACUCAGCAGCAGCAGCAGCAGAGUGUGGUGCUGGAGGAGGAGAGAGUGACUGCCACCACACCAGAGCCUGAGGAGGAAGAGAAGCCACCCUCCACAGAGACAGUGGAGGCGGUGGAGGUGGACAUGAAGGCGUGGAUGCAAAAGAUAAGAAAUGGAUGGACUCUUGCCUCUGCCACGGGCAUCUCCAUCGGAGAACUUUAUCUCAUUCUGGGUCAAAACAAAAAGAUCUGCUUGGAGUACGAUUUUGAGGACCCAACAAAGAUCAAGGAGAACACGGAAGACUCCAGUGGUGAGAAAAGUGAGGGAGUAGUGGUGGAGGGUCAGUGCAUCACCACCACCACCACUGCUGCCCUCACUACAGCUACUAGUACUGCCACUACUACUACCACAGCCACCAACACUGCCACCACCACCACCACCACCACUGCAGCCACCAGUACUGCCACCACCAUCACCACCACUACAACCACUAGUGUUCCAGUCAUUUCUGGGGAGGGAGUAGGGACAGACUCAGGUGGCCCCACACCAGCUGAGAAGGAGCAGCAGGAGCAGCAGCAGGGUAAGGACGGCAGUGACUCGGGAGGGGAUGCCACCAAGGAUGAGAAGCAAGUGGCAGCAGAGAACCUGUCCGGCAUGCUGGCACAGCUGCUGGCCAUGACCCGCAUGAUCCUCAACAAGCCAGCCAUUGACUCCACCUGUCCCUGUGGCCACAUCUGCAGCCGUGGGUCAGGUGUGCUGCGCAGCCCUGCCGGAGGGCGCUCCCAUAGCCUGGUGGGACGGAGUCCUGGCAGCACCAGGAGUCCCCGCACCAGCAAGUUGGCACUGGCCAGCAGCCCCAAUGUGGCGGGUGUCAAGAGCCCUGGUGGCCAGGGUGGCCUGGGGUCUCGGCCGCUGCGGGAACGCAACAAACCUGCCUCGGCUAAGAAGCUCAUGGCUGAGACUAUGGAGCCGCAUGCCAGUGUGAGUUACGCGAGGGAUGGGGAGGCUGGCACCACCACCAUGGCGGGCGUGGAGGUCACCAUCCAGGCCUCCACCACCACCACAUUCACCACCACCACACCCUCCAACCCAGAUGCCCUGCAGGUGCCCAUGCCGGGGAUCAGCACGGGACCCUCUGCUGCCAUGCCGGGCCUGAAGGUGGUGAUGGGAGCCGGCCGGGAUGCAGGGGAGUUCAAGGUGCCGCAGGGACCUGCACCCAGGCAGCUACAUGUUCAGCAGGCUAACUUUAAUGCUCAGCUAAGUAAACUUUUACCAAGGUACAACAAUCGACCAGGGAGAAGGCUGGUGAGGAAGAAUGUAGUGGUGCAACGACAACUGCCUUUGUUACCCAAGGCAGUGGUGCAGCUGCCCUCCCAUGACAAGGAUGGUGGCAGCACAAGUGGCUACAUCUCCAUCACCAUUGCUCCAUCCCCCAAGGGCAUCACCUCCCCAGCAAGCAGUGCCUUCACCAGGUCGGCCAUAGCGACCCCCUCUUCCUCUCAGUCCCUGGCACCGGUGCUCUCUCCCUCCCUCAUGCCUGUGAGGAACAAGAUCAUCCAGCCGAUACACUCCCCCAGCAACCAGGCCACCACCAGCACAGUCCUGCAGCCCAUGCAGGCCCCCAGCACACUAGGGGUUGCCAACACCCCUAUGCAGGUGUCAGUCCUCUCCCCCUUACCCACCCCUGCUGCCCCACAGAUGCCCUCCCUGUCCCCAGGUACCAAUGCCAUCUCAGUCAACAUAUCAGGCCAGCCACUGUUGACAGUUGAGAUGCCGCCCAUUGUCAGCACUCAGGCCAGCAUGCCUGCCCUCACCACCCUCACCCCAGCACCAACGCCACCAGCACCACCAGCACCACUACCUGUAGAGAACAGCACAAGUGUCACCUCUGCAGUGAGUGUACCUCACUCACCCUCCUCUAUAGAGAACAGACAGACCAAUGGGCUGCUUAGUUCAGUGGUGUCACAGGUGCUGAAUGAGCUGCCUGACCUCAGUACACCCCCUGGAACACCUCAGCCAAGCCUUAACAAGAAUGGUGACCAGGGCAGCCUGCAAGUGACAAGUUUGAACAACUCAGCUUCCCUGUGCCAUCCUGCUUCCCCGCCAAUCGUGUUUGGCUCCACCCUUCCAGUGGAGCCCCUGCCUGACUUGCACACGCCAAUCCUUGAGGCAGCCACCACCAGCAUGACCACAGUCACCACCAUGCCACAGUCAGCCUCCACCACCCUUUCCCCAACACCCCUCCUCACCAUUGCCAGCACACACCACCUGGAGCUAUCACCUCCCCCCACACAGACCAACACCUUCUCCUCCCUCCUCAACACCCCAACCCCAAGUAUCGAUAGGAAUGUCACCUCCACCCCUGUGCGGGCAAUCUUCCCCUCCACCCCCUCCAUCUCCUCGCUGCUGUCAUCCCCACCAGAUCUCAGCAAGGGCUUCCCGAACCUCCUGGCUGGGUCUGAGGAGACACAGGAUGGGUCAGGUGCACCGGAGUCUGGUGGCAUUGUGCCUGAGCUACACAUACCAGAAGGCAGCGUAUCUCUUCCCCUGCUGGACAUAUCACUUGGGGGGACAGUCACCAUCGCAGACCAGGCACCAGGUGGCCUGCUGGGCACCGGUUCUCAGCCUACGCUAAGGGAACAGUUAGCCGCGGCACACUCCCCGCCGCACAUAGCUUCGGUCUUGCCUCACAGCCCACCGCCGCUGCCUGCCUCAUCCAUGAUUAGCCUGAACACUGGGAGUCAGGACAGCAGCAGUGCAGACAAGCUUAUGGACAUCACACUUGGCAACUCCAACUCCAACUCUAGCUUCUCCAGUCUCUUGGCUGCUGCUACCCAACCACUGUUAGAUGCCACCACAGGUGACCCCCAGGCCUGUGUGGUGGUGGGCAGAGCACAGGGCCUGGGGGAGGUGGGUGGCGGGGAAGUGGGUGGUAUUGCAGGGGGCAGGGGCAGCUGUCUGGUGGGUGAUACGUCGGGCUUCCCAACGCUCUCCAACACGCCUCCUUCACCCCCCUCGUCACCCUCGCGUCUCCUGCAGCAGUCGGACACCCAGUGGCUUAACAACGAGGUUAAUGACUUCUCCCUCUCCAGUUUCCUUGGGCAUUUUGAAUCCCCUGUAAAGAACAACUCCAAUUCAAGAGGUGCUUCCCAGACCAGCCCACAGACCCCCUUCAUGCCUAGUCUCAGCUCAGUGUACAAUGAAAAUAGUGUGGAUUUUACUGCCACAUUUGCUGAGAUGAAGGCACAGGUCUCUGGCAGCUUCAAACAGUAGUAGGGUGGGUUUUGAGAGGGAGGUGAAAGUGAUUCAGUAAUAUUAUAUAUAGUGCUAAAGAGUAUUAAAGACAGGUGGUGUGCAAGGGUGUUGAAAUGAGUCUGUAGAGGACUGGUGUUGUGAGGUGGUGUAAUGGAGCAGGGGCCUUCAGAGGAAUUGAAAUGUCUAGUGGAGAGUUGAGAGGCUUGAUUAUCCCAAUAUGUGACAAUAUGUACCACACUCAAGGUGUACAUAGCAUUUCUCGCUCAACUGUAAAUUGUAAACGUUAAGCGGGAAUUGUUUACUCUCUUCAGAAUCUCCUAAUUUAGUUCCAAGAGAGCGAGAGACAAUAGAUAUUAGGAAGUGUACAACUGAAGGUCACAUUUUUUAGUGCAUUUUUACUUCCAGUGAUUAUGUGUUAUGGUUCUUAGUUAUCAAAAGUUACAGUGCAUGAUAGUACAAAACAGGUGACCCAAACUCCCUUGUUUCCCUCAAAGAAAGAACUCUACUAUGUGGAAAAAGCCAAGCAAGGCAUCAUCAUUGAGAGGUCAUUGGUACAACCUGUCAGUGUUUGGAUGAGUGAACCUGUAUGGUAACCACAUCUCAGUGCCAAGUGUAUGGAAGUAAUGUGUGUGUGUGUGUGUGUGUGUGGAUAUGUGUGAGGGAGGGAUAAGGUUAUGUAUAUUCUCUAGGUGACUGAUGAGCACCGUGAAUGGGAAGUCGAAGAGAGUGCGAAUGGCUUCAUCAUUGUCCACGAUAACACCAUUGUAGUCCACUGUAGCCUUAACCUGUGUGACUUCAGUAGGUUCCAACAUAGCCAUCCAUCUCUGCUCCUGGCCCUCUUCCCUUGGUAGGCCCUUCAGCCUCAGACAAUGCAGCUGGCUUCCAUUCCCACUUGCCUCAACACUUACCAUUCUUCCACUAAAUAUCAUCACCCCUUUUCCAUCAGCAGCAUUGAAACCAGGGGCCACUGGGGACAUGAGAUUGAGGGGCAGCUCAUCAGGGACCUUUGGCCAGACUUAGUGAGAAACUGUAACUGUUGAGACCAUUGCCUGUCAUGGCAGUCUGACGCGGCAGAUACGGUGGAGGGUGCAAGGCUGGUGGUGGUGGUGGUGGUGAUGGCAGCGGUAGGGGAGGUGAGAGAAGAUUGCAUUGUCGCAUGGAGACACAACCUUCCUUAGCCUGACGCGGUCAGAGGGCAGGGGUAUCUGGGGAUUCCAAAGACAGGAGAGUAAGAGUGUUAUAGGGGAUGGUAGGGGAGCAGGGCCCUCUCAGGUCUUGUCCUAGCCAUGAUAGCAGAUGCUGGUAACCAUCAUUAGAACCAGUGGGGGUUCCAAAACUGAAAUUCAGUUGCUCUCUUCAGUGUGUGUGUGUGUGUGUGUGUGUGUGUGUGUGUGUGUGUGUGUGCAAAAAUGAACAAGUUGCUUUGCAGGACAAAAAACUGACAGCAACACAAUGGCUUAUGUUCAUAAAUGCCUUGAGAUUUCACUGCAUUUUUCAGUGGUCAAGGAAGCAAUCUGUUGGUUCUUGUGAUGUUUUUCAUACUCUAAUGUAGAAUCAUAGAACAGUGGAACCAUGAAUGAAAAUACUGGAGGAUCAUCAAGACAGCAAAAGAUUUAAGAAUUAAGUAUUUGUAUUGUUUUUAUAUAGUAGAUGUUUUAUUGGACAGACUUGCCCUGAAACUAUAUUCCACUCAUCCCAAAUCCAUUGUGGAGAGAGAUGUGAAGUGUUUAUGCCACCACUGACUAAGUACCACUCAUCUCAAAUCCACUGUCAAUAUGUUUAUUGCUGUGGAGUGAAAUGUGAAGUGUUUACACCACCAUUCUUAGCUGACUGACUUAGCUAUUUAUGUUCAGGAUGCAUAGGAUUGACGAUGCUUUACUUACAUCCUGAAUCCUGCCUUGUGAGUGCAACACAAGAUGGAAAGUGGAGUUUCGAUUUCUUACACUCAAUGAUAGAGGAAUUUCUGUGAUGUCAGGAGGAAAUAGAAGCUUCACUCAAGAAAUAAGAAAAGAAGGAAGACAGUACAAGCAAAGCAAAUAUCCGUGGUGUUUAGAAUUGGAAAGGAUUUGUUUGGGAAUCAAGGUGUAAACUAUGGAAUCUGUGUCUUUCAGUGUGUGUGUGUGUAUGUGUGUUAGAGAGAAGACAGUUUUGUGCUGUACCUCUUGAGAGAGAAAGUGAAUGAAGAGACUGGUGAAUAAAAAGAGAAAAAGGAGACAGGGUACCCAGUCAUGUCUUUAAGAAACCAUGAAGUACAUGGCACCACGCUACAAGAAGUGACAGAAAUGAACAAACAUUGAACAAACACAAAUGCCUAUUACUACUACUGCUGUAGUAUGUGUCUCAUGUUUUUAUACACUUACACAGAUCCAUAAACAUACAUACAAUACAUAUACCAAGUUUUUCAUAACACCACUGAACAAGGAAAAAGAAAAGACAACAGUAAAGAAAAGAAUCCCUGAAUGAGUAAUAACUUUGUACAUUAGGAAUUCUAUUUUUGUUACUUAGCAUAACUCUCACUCAUCUAGAGCAGGGUAAUACUAGUACAAAGGCUGAACAUUGGAGAGGCUGCUUAACGCUCUCAGGCUGAAAUAUGUCCCUCACCCUAGCAGUUACUUCAAUCCAGCAUGUUCUUCACAACACUUGCAUCAACACCCAAGGAGGAUGAGGGCAGGCGUCUAAUCACAGCCCCUAUUCGAAACACUUUGUUCUCUCGUCAUGAUGGCUUUCUCAGGCUACAUAGAUGGCUAGUCAAGUUCUUAAGGGUGCUUGUUUUUUAUCUAAUUGUUGCUACAGAACCUUUGUUGCACGCUGUCUGGAAGCAUGAAAACAUUCUUCAGAAUUGUGAUGGUUUUCAUGAGAGCCUGUUGAGAGUUGUCAGGACGCAGAUCAGGAACGUUUGAGCAUGCGGCCUCACUAAAGAUGGUUACCUUGUGUAUUUAUUAAUUAAUUUAUUUAUUAUUAUUAUUAUUUUAUUAUUGUUAUUAUUAUAUUUGUAGUGGUUAUUACUCACCAGGAAUAUCUCUCCAUUGUAUUUACAUAUUUAUUUCAUUUUCAUCCUUAGCAUUUUUUCCAGUGGUUGCAAAGUUUUAUGCUUUUGUGUGUGUUAUUUUUUUAAUAACUCUGCUGUGAUAAAAAUACAAAGUAACAGAUAGACAGACAGACAGACAGAUAGAUAGAUAAACAGGCAGUGCUAGCCAGAUGAUAAGAUAUGUAGUGUAGCAUCACAAUGAACAAACUUGAGGAAGGAGGAUUACUGUGUGUGUUCCCCUUCUGUUUGUCUGUUCUUAGACUUUCCCACCCUGAUCUUGUUGUGUUUUGUACAGUGCAUUGUUUUAACUAGGCUGUUCUUACUUUUAUUGUAGCUUUCUUUUUCUUCUUUCAGAGCUUUAUUUAGCCUGGAGGAGUUUGUUUACAAUAAUGAUAUGCUAGGUACAUUUUCUCUUCAGUGCCCAGUUGAGUGUGGCAGAGGCCAAGGAAUGUGUUCAGCUGGUAAUGGAGUUUCCUUCCCUGCCUUUCCUGUGUGGUGUGUUCCUCUUAGCUACACCUGUGCCAAGUCAAGUCACUUUUGCCUGGGAUAAUUAAUUAGCUGGGUUCUUAAGGAUGUUUCUUCUCAUUUGAUGAUACACAAGAUUUGAUUAAAGUCUUUUAAACACCCCAGAAAACACCAGUCACUUAUCUUGGAGCCUCUUAAAGGUAGUCAAAACAAAAUGUCAAAGUUACAAAUGUGUUGGGUUUUUUUUUCCCCACUUGAUGGUACACAAGACUUGUUGAAAUAUCACGUCAAGUCUUUAAAACCUCUGAGAAAACUCCAAUUACUUCUAGCAAAGUCUCUUAAAAGUAGUUCAGGUGAAAUGUGAAAAUGUUCAGGAAUAUGGACACAAGAAGGAAAGGAAGGGAAAGAAAUUUAUAACUGUAUAAUGCCAGCUUAACCAAAUGUGGUCUUGCAUCAUCAUCAUCACUACCACCACCACUGCAGCCGGCACCACCUCCAUCAUCACUGUCAUUGUCAUGAUAUGCUCACUAUUUUGUUCCCUUAAAUAGCCUUCACAAAAUCUUUCCUUAUUUAGAUAUUUAUGAUACCAUAAAUUUGUGGAUUUGUCAUGAAAUUUAUCUUUAUUUGAGUGUUUAUUGGCAGGAUUUUAUUUUGUUUUCACCAAAUCUUUGUCAAUGUUUUAUUACCAAAUAUUUUUAUUGAUAAUUUUAUCAACAUAUUUUCACAUCUUCACUAACUUUCAUUAAAGUGAUGUUUAACAACAUUCAUGUCAAAAUGAUGUUGGACAUACCAAACAAUUUUUUCUAUGCCAACAAGCAAAGGUACAAGAGAAGAUGUGGGGCUUUUUUUAUGGAGAUAAUGAAGUUUCUACAAUACCAGUGAUUGUCUUGGUGAAAGAAAUAAAGAUGCUUUGUUAAGCUUAAGCCUAAAUGAUAUGAAAAGAGUACAGAUGUAUACUGUAAUGUAACUGUAUGAUAAUAAUUAGUUCUCACACACUUUUGUUCAUUGUAUGUAAAUAAUAUUCAUGAAGAUGGAAUGAGAAAAUAUGAAUCAGACAUUGUAAAUAAUGGAUAGCCAUUGAUAAAGUAUAUAUUCAGCUA